CAACAAUACAUUCCAGCAUGAAUCCACGCGUUUCUCAGCGCUGCAUUUGCGGCGUGACUCAUGCGCGCGUCACAAUUCCCGGCCCUGAGCCAUUAAAGCGCGAGUCUGGCACGAACCCACGUGCAGUUGGAUUGAACAAUUGGACAUUUCCAAUGUUCGGGCCGUCGGCCUGUAAGCCUUGCAGGUCCAUGAGGGGAAGGUCUCUGCGGUGGCGGCGAUAGUCGAACGGGAUAGGCUAUGUUUGAGUUGAAAUCGAAGUAUCAGCCUUGAUGGGCUUCUACGAGAGAGGGGUAACUUAAUACUUAAGGGACAAUCGAUCCCGUAAUGGAAUCAUAACCUCCCUCAACUUACUUUGACAUUUCAAGACAAUUCGAUCUCUCUCAUCCAUCUUACACCCAUCCUCACCCGUUUUCACACCUCAAACCUCUCUCCAUCAUGCCUUUCUCUCACAUUUCACUCCCGGUCGGUGACCACUUCGCCGAGAUGCGAGACUUCUACAAGGCCAUCCUCAAGCCCCUCGGCUACGAGCUCGUGGUCGAGGCCCAUGAACCACACUCGUACUGCGGCUUCGGCACCAAGGGAUCCAACAUCGACUUCUGGCUCGGCGGCGGCUGCACCGACGGCCUACAGAAGUACAACGGCGACUUGAAGGGGCGUGUGGCUCCCGUGCACGUUGCCUUCCCUGGUAAGAACCAGGAGCACGUUGCUGAGUGGUAUGAAGCUGCCAUCAAGGCUGGCGCCACCGACAAUGGAAAGCCCGGGCUCCGCAAGGAGUACAUGGAGGGUUACUACGGAGCAUUUGUUCUCGACCCUCUAGGCAACAACAUCGAAGUUGUCCACGUGACUCGUGAAGCUUAGGUGGUCGUUUUCUUUAGGGUCUCAAUCAGGAUGUCUUGGAAACCGAGAAUGGUUCAGUGUUUAGGGCUUGAUACAAAACAGAUGAAUGUACGGGCAAAGGGUGUACGGUGUUGAAAUUCUGCCAGAAUUGUGUUGCUGGUGCGCGGAGCGUGGGGUGUUGGUAUACAUGUAGCUGUGACAAAUUGACGUUGAUUGAUUCCCCA